AUGUCGAUGGUGAACAUUGUUGCCAGGGAGAUCCUGGACUCGAGGGGGAACCCCACCGUGGAAGUGGAUCUCCGUACCGACAAAGGUCUGUUCAGGGCCGCGGUGCCCAGCGGAGCGUCCACCGGCAUCUACGAAGCCCUGGAGCUCAGAGAUGGAGACAAGAAUCGCUACAAAGGCAAAGGUGUGCUCAAGGCUGUCGGUCACAUCAAUGACACCAUUGGACCCGCCCUCCUCCAGUCGGGGAUCAGUGUGUUGGAACAGGAGAAACUGGACAACAUGAUGAUCGAGAUGGACGGCACUGAGAACAAAUCUAAGUUCGGGGCCAAUGCUAUUCUUGGUGUAUCACUGGCCAUCUGCAAAGCUGGUGCGGCGGAGAAAGGUGUCCCCCUGUACCGCCACAUUGCUGACCUGGCGGGAAACACAGAGUUGGUCCUCCCAGUUCCUGCCUUUAACGUGAUCAACGGGGGCUCCCACGCUGGUAACAAACUGGCCAUGCAGGAGUUCAUGGUGCUCCCUGUAGGGGCGGAGUCUUUCCGCGACGCGCUCCGUGUGGGGGCGGAGCUCUACCAGACGCUCAGGGGAGUCAUCAAAGAGAAGUACGGUCAGGAUGCCACAAAUGUGGGGGACGAGGGGGGUUUUGCCCCAAAUAUAUUGGAGAACAGUGAAGCCCUGGAGCUGAUAAAGACAGCCAUAGACAAAGCAGGCUUCACGGACAAGGUGGUGAUCGGGAUGGACGUCGCUGCCUCAGAGUUUUUCAUCGAGGGCAAUUACGACCUGGACUUCAAGUCUCCGCCUAACGCCGCCCGCCUCAUCAGUGCCAAGGAGCUGGCUGACAUCUACCAGGGCUUCGUGAACAACUACCCAGUGGUGUCCAUCGAGGACCCGUUUGACCAGGAUGACUGGCCAGCAUGGACCCAGCUUACGGCCUCGGUGGGCAUCCAGGUGGUGGGGGAUGAUCUGACGGUCACAAACCCCCGCAGGAUAAAGAGAGCCGUGGAGGAAAAGGCCUGCAACUGCCUGCUGCUUAAAGUCAACCAGAUUGGCUCCGUCACCGAGGCCAUCAUGGCGUGCAAACUGGCCCAGGAGAACGGCUGGGGGGUAAUGGUGAGCCACCGGUCAGGAGAGACAGAAGACACCUUUAUAGCUGACCUGGUGGUUGGCCUUUGUACUGGACAGAUUAAGACGGGGGCUCCCUGCCGAUCAGAGCGUCUGGCCAAAUACAAUCAACUCAUGAGGAUUGAGGAAGAGCUUGGGGACCAGGCCCGCUUCGCUGGGCACAACUUUCGCAACCCCAGUGCUCUUUAAGAGCCACGCUGACACUAGAUACUAUCUCUUUGUCUCUCUGUCUCUCACACAUAAAAC